UCCUAACUAUAAAUAUGUCAGUGAAAUACUGUACUUUACCUAGAAAUGAUAAAAUGUGCAUGUCAUGUGAAUGCACGCGUGUCAUGUCACAUUUGUUUCUUGGUAAAGAUUGUCUCGUGAUAUCCGCGUUACGGAAAACAAAGUCGCUAUCAUGUAUUAAGAAAAGCAUCAAAUUGCAGUUAUUGUUGGUGAUGUUUCGAGUUCCUUGGCGAAACCAAGCUGGGGAACGAAUGCCAGGAGAACUGCCAAAGUUGCCAUUUGGUCAUUUCAAUGAAGUGAAUUUCUUUGGUCGAGAUCUUUCGAGAAAACAUGGAGCAAUAUAUUUUAUCUGGCAUUGCCUCACGCCUGUUGUAAUAAUAUCAGAUGCUAAAGCUAUUCGAACGUUCUAUACAGAUCAUUAUUCUCACGAGCGUGAAAGUGAUAUGACUUGUUUAGGGGCUGUGUUCAAGGGAAUCCUUGGACGUUGCUUGGCAACAAGCCAUGGUAGAGAUGACGUAAGAAGAUGCAGAGGCCCAUUUGAGAAGUAUUUUUCAGCUUCAGCCACAGCUAAUCAUAUGAGGUUAAUUGGAAAAGAAUGUCAGGCGUUUAUGAAUACAUUGCCAGUAGGAGUACCCAUAGAUUUGAAGGCAAGCAGGCUAGAAGACAUCACUCUUCGAGUUGUCACGCAUGUCGUUUAUGGAAAAGAAGUUCUUGAGAAGUAUUUCGAAAAAAUUGUAGAACUUCAGCAUCAUCUUCUGAAAACACUUAGUUUGAUAAAUGUUGGCACAACACGAUUACCAUUUUACUCCAAACUUCCCAAUUCAACUAAUUAUAGAGCAGCAUGUUUCAACCAAGAAUGGACGAAAUUUAACCGUUUUUUGUUUGGCUUGUUUGAAGAAGGAAAGAUAAGCGGUGAGGAUGGGCUGUUUUUUGAAACAAUGGCACUGCUUAAGACUCGUGCGUUAGACAUUGAAGAGGAAGAGUUAUUGCAUUCAAUUGAUGAAAUUCUGUUGCUGAAUAUUGAUGUGAGUUUUGCAGCAACAUCAUUCGCGCUCUCAGAUCUCGCUAGAUAUCAGGACAUUCAAACAAAACUCCGAGCACAGAUUGAUGACGUAUUACAAGGCUGUGAGUCGAGCAGCUGUGAAGACCUGGACAAGAAACUACCGUAUCUGGAAAUGGUUUUGAAAGAAAGUGCUCGCCUACAUCCUGCACUAGCUCUUUCCCUUCCAGAGAAGACAGUAAAGAGUGUCACUGAUUUAGGAGGUUAUCAAAUAUCUCAAGGGACUCCAGUAUGUGUCGACACUUACUCUCUAAACUACUCACCAACCUACUGGAACGAUCCAGAAGAAUUUAACCCUGAGAGGUUUUCCACUGGUCGUCAACGAGUACCUGGAUCAUUCUUUCAGUUUGGAAUGGGUCCUAGAAAGUGUCUAGGCUAUCGCUUUGCUUUGGCUAUCACCCGGGUCGUUGUCGUCUCAUUUCUACAAAAUUUUCAACUGCGCUUGAGCGAGAAUACAAGUUAUGAAAAGGUAAAGAAGUCAGGAUUGGUAUUUUUCGCACCAUACAUAAGUCCUGAUAUUGUCUUAGAAAGACGAGAGACUGUGGAUGUGGAUUACCUGAGUAAAGAUGGACUUAAAUGAACAAUAAUAAUAAUAACAAAACG